AUGACGAGUGACAAGCUGGUAUGCGUUGAUGACUACUUCAAGUAUACUGCUAAAUAUGCUCCAAAGGAGCAAUUCGAUUUUUGGCAAGGAGUUUCGAUGAAUGGGUAUACGUUUGCCAAUAAUGUCGAUGCAUUCUCAAAAAUUCGAUUGCGACCACGUAUUUUGAGGGACGUUUCUGCAAUCGACGUCACAACUACAGUUCUUGGGCGAGCUGUUGAUAUACCCGUUGGAUUUGCGCCACUGGGAAUGCAGAGGCUUGCAUUCGAUGCUGGAAAAUAUCCCGGCGAGCUCUCCACUUCAAGAGUCGCUUCCAAAUUCAACACUGUUAUGGCGCUCUCGACGUAUAGCACAACAUCGCUAGAGGACGUUAUUGAUGCAAGUCGAACAAUCGAAGCACCGAAUGGAUCAUACUGGUUUCAACUUUACGUAUACAAGGACCGCACAGUUAGCGAAGCUCUAGUAAGAAGAGCUACAAAGGCAGGAUAUUCAGCUAUCGUAUUGACCGUUGAUGUGGCUCGACAAGGACGACGACUUGGUGACUUACGGAAUCACUUCCAGCUUCCGCCACAAUACUCGCUGGCGAAUCUAAGUAGUAAUGAUCCAAGGGGAGCGGUAUCGCAAACUGCUGAAUGGGGCUCGAUGAUCUCAGCUAUGGCCGAUCAAACGCUGAAUUGGGCAGAUAUUGCGUGGUUGAGAUCUUUGACGGAUUUGCCCAUCAUACUAAAGGGAGUAUUAACAGCGGAGGAUGCUGUUUUAGCUGCUCAAAAUGGUAUAGACGGCGUGAUAGUGUCGAAUCAUGGUGGAAGGCAACUUGACACGUCACCGGCAGCUAUUGAAGCUUUACCGGAAAUCGUGGACGCCCUAAAGGGAACAAAAGUUGAAGUGUAUCUAGAUGGUGGCAUAAGACGUGGAUCUGACAUAUUCAAAGCACUAGCAAUUGGUGCCAAGUUUGUCUUUUUUGGCCGACCAAUGAUCUAUGGUCUCUUUCAAGGUGGCCACUCGGCAAAUGACGGAGAGAGCGGACUGACUGCAACUCCAUCCAUGGGUAGAAGGUCGCUAUAUCGGCAACUAUUUGCCACAAUCACCAUAUUCUUGUCACUGUCGUCUGGAUUUAUUGAUGUAGUCGCCGCUGAUGCAAAGAACGAAUCAGCAAAGGACGCAAAGGAUGCCAUCAAAGGUCCUGUCAUUGGUAUCGAUCUCGGUACAACAUAUUCAUGUGUUGGUGUCUACAAAAACGGCCGUGUCGAAAUCAUUGCCAACGACCAAGGUCAUCGAAUCACUCCAUCUUACGUCGCAUUCACUGACGAAGAACGUCUCGUCGGUGACGCUGCAAAGAACCAAGCUCCUCUAAACCCAUAUAAUACAGUUUUCGACGUCAAACGUAUGAUUGGUCGUCGUAUCGAUGACAAGGACGUCCAAGGAGACAUGAAGCACUUCCCAUUCAAAGUCGUUGGUAAAGACGGCAAACCAUAUGUAGAAGUCAAGGUCAAGGGCGAAAAGAAGACUUUCUCACCCGAAGAAAUCUCGGCUAUGGUCUUGGGCAAAAUGAAGGAGAUCGCUGAGUCGUAUCUAGGUCAAAAAGUAACUCAUGCCGUUGUGACAGUACCAGCCUACUUUAAUGAUGCACAACGUCAAGCAACCAAAGAUGCCGGCGUCAUCGCUGGUCUAACCGUUGCCCGUAUUAUAAACGAACCAACAGCCGCCGCUAUCGCCUAUGGAUUAGACAAGACUGGAGGUGAAAAGAACAUCCUGGUCUACGAUUUAGGUGGUGGAACCUUCGAUGUGUCUCUAUUGACCAUCGACGAAGGUGUCUUUGAAGUCCUAGCAACAAACGGUGAUACCCAUUUGGGUGGUGAAGACUUUGACAACCGUGUCAUUGACUACUUUGCCAAACUCUACAAGAAGAAAAGUGGCAAGGACUGUACCACAGAUGCCAAGUCAAUGGGUAAACUGAAACGUGAGGUCGAAAAAGCCAAGAGAGCUUUAUCGUCUCAAAUGUCUGCUCGUGUGGAAAUCGAAUCCUUCUUCGAUGGUGAAGACCUCUCCGAGACUCUGACAAGAGCCAAAUUCGAAGAAAUCAACAUUGACCUAUUUAAAAAGACUCUUAUACCCGUCGAAAAGGUCAUGAAGGAUGCCAAUCUAGGCAAACACGAAAUCCAUGAUAUAGUACUAGUAGGUGGAUCCACGCGUAUACCAAAGGUCGUACAACUCCUGGAAGACUUCUUCAACGGAAAGAAGGCUUCCAAAGGUAUCAAUCCAGACGAAGCUGUGGCCUAUGGUGCUGCAGUUCAAGGUGGUGUACUGACUGGUGAAGACAAGGAGAACUUGGGCGAUGUCUUACUAUUGGAUGUCAACCCUCUAACUCUUGGUAUUGAGACUACUGGUGGUGUCAUGACAAAAUUGAUACCACGAAACACUCAGAUUCCCACAAAGAAGUCUCAAAUCUUCUCAACGGCUGCUGACAACCAACCAACUGUAUUGAUCCAAGUUUUUGAAGGAGAAAGACCACUGACAAAGGACAACAACUUGCUGGGCAAGUUUGAUUUGAAUGGCAUCCCACCUGCUCCUCGAGGUGUACCUCAAAUCGAAGUCACCUUUGAAAUUGACGUGAAUGGAAUCUUGAGAGUAUCAGCUACCGAAAAGGGUACUGGUAAAGUGGAAUCCAUCACUAUUACCAACGACAAGGGUCGUCUAUCUCCAGAAGAAAUCGAAAGAAUGGUUCAAGAAGCUGAACAAUUCGCUGAAGAGGAUCGAUUACUCAAGGAGAAGAUUGAGGCCAAGAACUUGUUUGAAAACUAUAUGUACACCAUCAAAAACCAAGUCAAUGAUGAAUCACAAUUGGGAGGCAAGAUAGAUUCAGACGACAAGAAAAAGAUUCUGGAUGCUCUCAAAGUCAAACAAGAUUGGAUGGACUCUAACGGAUCUACCGCCACAAAAGAAGACAUUGAAGAACAAAAAUCUGAACUGGAGGCUGUCGUCAACCCAAUUACGUCGAAACUAUAUGGUAGCGGUGGAGCUCCAGGUGGUGAUGCAAGUGGUGGAGAUGAAGCACCAGGAGACCACGAUGAGCUAUAG